UUUUGUAUCCACGUCGGAAAAGCUGGGCAUGGGGAUGCGGUGAAUGCCGCCGCUCACACUAAUUCUACUCACAGCAGCGCAAGGGGGGCUUCACAAGUCUCGGUUUCACAGCCAGUGUGGUGGGGACCAGCCCAUGCAUACAUAUAUACAAGUGUGGAGUCUCAUCCUGCUACACUGGGUCUCCUCCACUUGUCUUGCUCCCCUUUGCAUAUCUCCUCUCUCACCCCUCAAAGAUAUACCCUUCACACUUUAAGGAAAUAAACAGGAAAAAUGGUGCGAUCGAGGUUCUCAGCUUCCGUGGAAUCCCCGAAAGUGGAUGUCAUUGUGGACUUGGGUCAUCCUCUUCUCAACUACUCCGUCGAUGGGUUCCUCAAAGUUGGAGGGGUUGGGGCUGCCCAUGCUGUCGUGCAAGAUACAUUCCGCAUCUUGAAGAGCGAAGCAUUAACUAAGAACGACUUGGAGAAGUUGGUCAAAAGGGCAGGCCGUGAGGGUCUCCAAUGGGGAACUGUAGCUGGUGUAUACGCCGGAGUUGAAUACUCCUUGGAGAAGUCUCGAGGAGUGCAGGACUGGAAAAAUGCCGCCAUCGGAGGUGCAGUGACGGGUGCUAUCUUGUCCCUCACCGAAAGUGGUUUCACGAAGGACAAGAUGUUGCAGCAGGCCAUCACUGGUGGAGCUCUCGCAACAGCCUCUGAGUUCAUCCGCAACUUGGUCUAAAUUCGCUGAAUUCACAUUGUAGGAAUUUUGUGCUGCUCUCUGUCGAAGGGAUGGAGCCGAAUUGAAGCACGGCUGAUCAAUAUCACCGUGACCGAAGUAUCGCUCCAAUGUACCCUCUCAGAUCAACAACCUGCCUUGAAGGUUGUGGAUAAGUAGCUAGUCGAAAUCUCUGCACCUUUAAUGGCUGCUGCUGCAGUGGAAAGGUAAUCGUUAAAUACACGACAUCUUCAUUUUGUCUCAUCGUUUCUUUACGCUUCAUUACACGGUGUGGAAAUCGUCUUCGGCUUGAGCCAUUACUUUAUUACAAUGUGGCUAAAUUGCCUGUAACAAGUAUGUGUAAACCUCUUACGUGGCUGUUGAAAGUUUUAUUUCAUAAUAUGAAGAGUAUGUACUUAGCAUCAUCAUUUAAACGUAAA